CACAAGUAGAUCUCAUAACCCCCGUCACCCUCUUCCAGCGCGUCUUUUCCUCACCGAUCCAUUCCGGAACUCAGAAGGGUAUUUAAACCGCAGCGGAAGGGUUUUGAAGUCCGCCUUCUCGGGUUUCCUUUUCCGGCUCCCUCUUAUUUUAUCGUUUCCUCCUCGCUCUCUUGUCUUCAACCCCUGCGUUCUCCUCUCCCUCUCCGAUCGUUGCGGAGAUUGCUCGAAUUCUCCUCUGAGUCCUCGCUCCAAUCGGCAUUCCCAGGGCCGUAUUGAUUCCCUUGCUGCGGCGAUCCGGUGGGACAUUGCCUGGCUAGAACGGCUCUUCCCCUGGUUUAUUCUCCCUCUUUCUGCUCGUCUUUGCCGGCAACUGUUUCGGUGGUUUGAAAGGUCCGAUUCUUCUGAUCUACCUUGGCGUGGGAGUCUGGCGAUGGAUUAUGGCCCUACGGAUAGCAGCGGAACUGAUGAUGAUCUUCCACCGUUUCUUCACAAUCGCGGAGGGCCUGUUACUGGUAGUGGAAAAACUACUGCUGCUGCACCUCCAUGCUCUAGGAUGCAGAAUGAUAUGGAGAGCGUAAUACAUCAGCUUGAGCAAGAAGCAUACUGUUCUGUUCUUCGGGCAUUUAAGGCCCAAUCAGAUGCUAUUUCUUGGGAGAAGGAAGGUUUAAUUACUGAACUGAGGAAAGAACUGAGACUAUCCAAUGAGGAACAUAGAGAAUUGUUACGCAGGGUUAACACUGAUGAUAUCAUUCACCGAAUAAGGGAGUGGAGGCAGGAAGGUGGAGGACAAUCUAAUUUAAUUAAUAAUGCUCAAAGUAUACAUGAUCUGGUUCCCAGCCCAUCUGGUUCAGCUUCUAAAAAAAGGCAAAAGACAUCUAACUCAGCAGCUUCCUUACCUAUGGGUGGCUAUCUCCCCAAGCUGCACUCACAACCAGGUGCUGCUUCCAUGCAUCCAUCAGCAUCAACUGUAAGAAAAGGAAAUGUAGCUGGGGCCAAAACCAAGAAGACUAAACCAAAUCCUUCUUCUGGUUCAAGUGUCAGGGAUCAAAUUAAAAACAUAGCAACCAAACCUGGUGAAGCUGCAGCAAAUGCUUCACUGAUUGGACGGAAAAUCAUGACAAGGUGGCCUGAUGAUAAUAACUUCUAUGAAGCUGUUAUAAUUGACUAUAAACCUCGUGAGGUUGCUUCAGUCUGGAGUAUUAGGACUUCAUUAUUUAUGUGCCAGUUGCUAGCGUUUGCCUUACUAAUUUCAAAUUGUUGUCAGGGUUUACAUGCUCUUGUGUAUGACAUCCACACAGACAAUGAGACAUGGGAAUGGGUCAAUCUCAAUGAGAUUGCUCCUGAAGAUAUACGGUGGGUAGAUGUGGAGCCUGUUAUGUCCAAUCCAAGUGGUCGUCAUGGAACUGGACCUGGUAAAAAGCAGCUCUCAGGUCUCGGUGGCAUCGUUCCAUGUACUGGUAAAGGUGGAGGGUCCUCUAAGAACCAAUCCAGCAAAAAUUACAUGUCAUCACAGAAUUGGACUGGAAAGAAGGGAUCUCAAGAUAUUACAAUAUUUGAUACAAAGAUUCUGGUUAAGGAUGUGGAGAGGGUUCUUGAUGCAAGUCCUCCAGAUCCUGUAGAGAUUGAAAUGGCAAAGAAAAUGCUCAAAGAGCAGGAACAAUCACUGAUCGAUGCAAUUGCAAGGAUUGGUGAUGUGUCUGAUAGUGAAAGUGAGGGAGAGGAGCCGUUGUCGCAGAGACUAUGCAAAGAGCGAGGCAGGGCAUGGGGUGAGGGGCAGCAUGGUAGGAAGCAGCAAGCACUUCUUUUUCAGGACCCUGAAGGUUCAAGAUGGUGAUCAUAUAGCUGGUGACGGCGAUGGCACCACAACCAGCUAUUGAGGAGGAGACGAUGACAACUGCAACGAUCAUUCUACCCGGAGGAAACCAAACAUAGCCAGUAGCAUGUGACAAUGUGCACGGCAAAAGCCAUGCCAAGAAAAUUUAUGGAGACGCAGUCUUGUGUGAUCUCCCAUUUGAUCCGAAGGGAAUAAAGAAGUGCAUCACCAGCUUAUUCUUUUACGGGAACUUUGUUUCUAACCAUCUCCACCGUUUUUGAGUGGAUGCAUCAGCCAAUCGAAGCAAACAGUGAGAGUAAAGAAUGUAAUGGCUGCGAUGAUUCAAGAUUCUUUUAUUGGAACUCAUAAUCCCGUAUUUUUCUACA